UUUAACGGAAGAGCGGUCACACUACUUCGCACGUGUUGCGAUUUGUUUUUUUUUAUUGGCUACUUUCCUUGAUCAAUUCUAGCGUGGAUUAUGGGCAAAUUUCGAUCGAAGCUUAAGCGCCAUGGCAAGGGGAAGACGUGGAGCAAGGGCCAGUCGGCCACCUCCAAUCCCGACCAGAUGAAGCACCGCCUGAAAGCCAAAUCGCGUUUCUUCCAACCCAACUUGAGUUUGGCGGCUGCCAAAACCACUGGCCUAACAUUGGAGGCGGUCCACAAGCACGAGCAAAGACAGGCUUACAAUGCGGAAACCACGACGGUUAACGAUGUGGCCGGCAGUUUGAGGAGCUUCAAACUGGACGACGAAGACGAUGGGAUGUCCGGAUCCGGUACAGCUCCCACCGGCACCUUCAAGACCUUCCAGACCUUCGCCUCCAACUACAGCAGCUGCAGUAACACCAGUUUCCGGAAACUUCUCACCGGCUUCCGGGCCUCCUCUGAUCUUCACAAGGAGAUGCUGGCCAUUCUGAGCGCCCUCACCGAAAUAAUCCGUGAGAACGGCGGAGGCGAGUCGUCCACGGAGUAUUUUCUGCUGCUCAUGGAGCAGAUCGAGGCGGCCACCGAGGAGCGAGACAUCGUGGCCGGCGUGGCGCUGCUUUCCAUGGGCAUCAAGUCAGUUCCGGCUCCAGUUUUGAGGAAGCGGUUCGCCCAGACCGCCGCCACCAUGCAGGCGCUGCUCCAGCGAUUCGUAGAGGCCACCAACCAGUCGGUCAUCCGAUAUGUAAUUGGCUGCUUGUCCGUCCUCCUGCGUGCCCAGGAUUAUGCGACGUGGACGUACAGCUCAACUUUCCAGUACUUUGAUGCCCUGCUCGCGUUCAGCAUUCACUCCAAACCGAAGAUCCGUAAGGCGGCCCAGCAUGCGGUGGUCUCCAUCAUACACGGCAGCUGCUUCAUGCUGCCGGCCGUCAAGUCCGAGGAGGAUGAGGAGGAUUCGGCGGAGAAAAAGAAGGCGGCGGAACAGCCUAAGGUGAAGCAUCAUCCCGCCAGUAGUCGGGUGACCAAGUUCUGUUUGGCCCAGUUCAAGCCAGAGGUACUGGCCAAUGCCCAGACGACGGUGCUCCAUACGUUGGCGCUGCUCAAGGACACACUAUCCGGUUUCCGGACGGAGGACAUACGCAGUGUUUGCGAGCACCUGCUAUCUAUUAUGACUGCGGCCAACGUGCUGGUCAGGACGAAUUGUUUCCAGGCGCUGCAUGCCCUCUUCCUGACGAGGAGUCCCAACUUGAAUGCCUCACUGUGUGCAAAACUACUGGCGGCCAUCCACGAAUAUCGGCCGGACAGAAGCGAUGUGCGGCAGACCCUCGCCUGGGUAACAGUGCUGAAGGAGGGCCAUCUCCACUUGGCCACCCUGCAGCUGGAUCUUUGCAUGCAGGCCUUGCCCCGUCUGGUUGAUGUCUGCACCACGGAUCUGUGGCUCUCGGAGCGAACGGAGCUGGUUGUGGGUGUCUCGAAUUGCAUCAAGGAGUUGCUGCAGGACUGUGUGGCGCUGGCAUGUGCCACGGCGGAGGAUGCACAGCGAAACCGGUCGAGUGUGGCCAGGAUCAUCGUUUCGCUUCACAAGGUGCUAAAUGCUCCCUUCGGGGAAAUCUCCAAAUAUGUGAUCCUCAUAUUUGCCGUCGUCUUUGAGGCAUGCGGCAAGCAAUUUGGUUCGGAACUCACACCCUCCCUGCUGACGAUCUCCAAGCGGUACGACAGCAAGAGCGGCCAUCGUCUGCAGAUCGAGCACACCCUGAUCAGCGCCAUCAAGGCAUUAGGGCCCGAACUGAUCCUGACAGCGAUACCCCUUGCCGAUGGCAGGGGCGGUAUGCAGCUGGAGCGAUCCUGGCUGCUGCCCCUUCUUCGCGAGGGAGCCAACGGGGCUAGUCUACAAUUCUUUAAAGAGAAGAUCGUGCCGCUGGCCAUUGACUGCCAGCAGAAGUGGAAGGAGUUCACCGAGGCCAAGAACAAGUCCUCGUCCCACAUCUACGAGCUGUUGUGCUGUCAGUUGUGGGGCCUGUUCCCUGGCUUCUGUCGCAAGCCAAGAGAUCCGGAAUACUUGCAACAGCUCGCACCCACUUUGGGUGCCGCUCUGGAAAAGAAUCCGGAGUUUAGGCCACCCAUUUACGAUGGUCUGAUGGAGCUACUCGACGACAGUCAGAGCGAAGAAUGCCUUCAGGCUAUUGGCCUGUAUGCCAAGAACUUUCUGCCUCGCCUAUUCAAUAUCUACACGCAAAAACCGAAUGGAACUUACGAGGCCGAUCAGCGGAAGCGUGUCUUGGAUGUGAUUCGAUUGUAUAUAUCACGGGCUCCCGCUGAAGUUCAGCUGCAGCUCUUCGAAAACGCCCAGGGGCAAUUGGCAGCCAGUGCCGUGGCCAGUUUCGAAUACGAUGCUCUGUUUGAUAUUAAUGCUGCUAUUGUGCGUGUGCAAAAGUGCCGUGGAAUCGAAAUAUAUUUCGAGAAGUACUUGGCUCCCAUUUUGAGGAACGAUAAAUCCAAAUUGGUCGCCAAGGAUGAGCAGAAACUGAAGAAACAGCAGAGGAAGACCUACGAACUCCUUCGGGAACUGAUGACCUCGGAGCAGGCAUCGUGCCAGAAGUUCACCCGUAAGAACACCAUUGCCCUACAGAAAAUUCUUCUCGAGGCAUUCACCACCAGCUGUAGCGUUUGCCAGGCAUCGCGAUUGUACUGCCUGAAAUCCCUGAUGGAUUGCCGCAGCAAUCUGGUGUACAACGACCAGCUAGUGAUGAAGGCGAUUCCGGAGGCGGUGCUCAACUACAAGGAAUUCUCCACGCGCAAGGAGCAAGUGGCCGAGCAGCUAAUCAAAAAUAUAACGCAACUCUACCAGGAUGCGGGCAAGAUCAACGACUUUGUGGACAUCCUGACGGCAGGAUUUACCGGCGACGAAUCGCUGGUGACGAACACGAUCCUGGCCUUCAGGGCUGUGCUCCAGCAGCAAGGCCAACAUUUAACGGUGGCCACGCUGGAGUUUGUCCUGCAACAGGUGUCCGUUUUCCUCGUGCAGAAGUCCCGCAAUCAAUCGGAGGCAGCCGUUGCCUUCCUGAUCACUUUCAUCAAGGUGAUGCCCAUUGCGCUGGUGUCUAAUCACCUGGAGACGAUUAUGCGCGCCUUGUCUGCCAUGACUAAGGACACGAAGCGCUACUGUCGUAUUCAGAUCGGUUACUUCCUGAAGAAGCUUUGCAAGCGCUUCAGCACCGAAGAGCUGGCCCGCUUCGUCCCCGGAGAUGAUGACGUGACCCACCGGCGGCUCAAGAAGAUCCGCAAGCAGAUGCGCAGGGAUACGCGCAAGAAGCAAAGCGAGGAGGCCCAGGCGGAUAGCUCCGAUGAGGAGCUUGGCGGCGGACUGGAGCAGAAGAGCUACACCAUUGAUGAUAUUCUGGCUGACUCCGACUCGGAUCUGCCCGAGGAUAUGGACGCGGAGGAAGAGGGCGGAGCCGGAACAGCUGCCGGCAAGCGAAACAAGAAAUCCAAACAGCAGAAGAGCACUUACAUUCGCGAGGAUCCCGAAGAGAUUGUCGAUUUGGCCGAUCUCAAGUCCAUUGGCAAUGUGCUGACUAGUGGCUCUGCCCAAACGGCCACCACUGCCAAGAGCCUAAAGGCGAAACCCCAGCUGCCGAAUGGAGGCUUCAAGACUGCCGACGAUGGACGCCUGAUCAUCAGCGACAAGGCCCUUCGCGGCCAGGGAGGAAACGAUGAGUCUGACUCCGACUCCGAUUCCGACGCAUCGAUGGCCGAUGGCACUGCAACCAAGGAGCCGAAGGCCAAGCGCGGAAUGGAGGACGAUUCCAGCGACGAAGAGGAGCUGCAGCAGCAGCAAUCGGGUGGAAAGCGGACACGCAAGGGCGGCGACGCGAUGAGCACGAAAUCCGGCAAAACCACCGCCAGCAGUCGUUACACAGCCGGUGGAAAGGGCAUCCAUCGACAGCUGGCGGCUGGAAAUUCGGAUGCCAUGUCCGUGAAAUCAGGAAAGUCCACCAGCCGACCAGCAGGCAACGAAUACAGCAGCAAAAAGGCCAAGGGCGACAUGAAGAAGCGCGGACAACUGGAUCCCUAUGCGUACAUACCACUUACAAGGAAUAACCUAAACAAACGAAAACGUUCGAUGAACUCGCGGAAAUUCAAGAGUGUUUUGCGAGGAGCUGGCGAUGAUACUGGAGGAGCAGGCAGCGGCCGGGUGACAAAGAAAUACAAAUAGGGUGAAUUAUCAAGCCACUAACUAACUGGAUCAUAAAGCUAUAGAGAUAUAUAAUAACAGCGGGAUAGUGCGCACGUCUGAUAAACAAACUAAGACGUUGAUGCUUAUUCCCCUGUUACCUUGCUUAAGUACAUAAAUAUAACUAAUAAUGUAUGCAUGUGGAGACGUUGUAAAUGCCAGAGAUAAUGUAAAAAAACCAAAUAGUCAUGUAUUAAAUGAAAACAGUUUUUUUUAA